AUGCCAUGUAGAGUAGUUAACUCGCAAACUACAAAUUCACUCAAGAAUUUCCAGUUGAUGGGCCCAAAAGCUUAUAUCCAAUUUAUGAGUGGUGAUUAUGUCUCCUUCAAUUCAAGAGGGUGGGAGCUCAGUUAUAUGGCAGGACUUUGCACUGGGAAGGAAGAUGUUGACAACAGUUCUGGAAUCAUAGGAUAUGGUUUGGUUGGAACUUCAUCCUAUGUACAAGGCAUCAAGUGCAGAUGGGUCCUCCAUGGAAAACCAGGAACUCGAGUUUCCUUGAACUUCACACACAUUAAUAUCACUCGAGAUUUGGAUUUCGUUGCCAUUUACAAUGACUCCACUCAUCAGAGUGCCAACUUCUCAGGAUUUUAUCCUGUUGCUGAUCUCCCACAUAUAAACUUGAUUGGUGAGGUCAUAAUAGCAUUCACCACUCAGACGGAGGGAGGGGAAGGUUGGUCAGCAGAAUAUUAUAUCUCCUCGCCAGCUGAGCCUGGAAAACGCCCACUGGUGUUUGUCAUUGUGCUUAUCUUGGCGGCACUAGCAUUAAGCUUGUCCGUUGCCAUCAUUGCUCUUUUCCUGCAUACAAGAAAACAAAAGCAUGCUAAUGAGGGCCUCCUACUUAAUGCAAACAGGUUUAUUAGGAAGGAAAAUUGGAUUGGUGAGGGGCCUUCGGCAGUAGUGUAUAAAGCAGUUCUCAUGGAUGGAUGUCUCUUGGCGAUUAAAGUUUUCAAGAACUUGGCCUGUUAUUCAGAACUAGAAGAAGAAAUAUUGCUCAAAACUUCUUCUCAUCCAUACAUAAUUUCCUUGAUGGGACAUAGCAGGCACAGAUUUCAGAGUCGAUGUAUGGUCUUUGAGUUUAUGAGUAGGGGAUGUCUGAGCUAUAACUUGAGAGAGAAAGGAGAAACAAUAGACUGGGAGAAGAGGUUAAUGAUAGCAAUGCAGAUAUCCUCGGCAAUCCAAAUGCUGCACAUGCACAUGAAUCCACGAGUAAGUCAUGGCAACAUAACGUCUGACAACAUUUUACUUGAUGAGUUCUGCAAUGCAAAGCUGGGUGGUUUCAGUUCUGCUAAUUAUUUUGAUGGAAGUGAUGAUGAAGAACUCAUGGUAAUGACAGAAGACGCACGGAGUUUUGUGCUAUUGAUGCUAGAGCUUCUAAGAGGGGAGCCUCUGGAGAACAGAAAUUUGAGGAGCCGUGAAGAGAUAGAUGAGCUUGUUGAUUGUCAGGACUGCCUAGACGGAAGAUUGGGUAUUCCCCCUGAAAAUAGCAAGAUGAGUGCUUUGGCAAAAUUUGGUGAAAUUGCUAGAUGGUGCAUUAACAGUAGUUCAAAUGUUGAAGGUGACGAGAAUAACCCCAAGAUAGGUGACAUUUUGUCAGGACUGCAGCAGGUUAAGAAGCUGUUUUGUACUGUUGUUUCAAGUUCAGAGGCAGAAAAAUUUUAAAGCAUUGGAACAGAGAAUGAAAUUCUUCGACAAUAUACUCCUUCCUUUAUAUUGAUCCAAACAAUACAAUGAUGCGAAAGGAGGAAAAUUAUGAUUUUUUCUUAGAACAGGAUGCAGGAGCUAUUGAAAUAUUCUUAAGCUUUUUCUGGAAUGUUAUUUUCUCUUCUAAUACCCAGUUAAUUUUAUCUUCAAGAGCAGUUCUAAAGAGCUCGCCCACAAAAUCAAAUCCAGUUGACAACCAGUGUAUUCCACAUGGUUAGAACUCAUUCUGAGAUGAACUUACUGCUGUGCAAAUAUUAUUCAAGUUUUCUCACC